AUUAGCUGAGAAGUAGAAGAAGUUAGAGUAGUGGAAAGGUAGACGAAGAAGAGAAACACAGCGAAUCGAUGGGUUCAUCAAGUGCUGUAAGAGAACUACAGAGAGAACUAGAGACCAAAGCCGAUGAUCUAAACAAAAUUCAAAAAGAUAUAUCAAAGAACCAUCAAGUGAGAAAGAAGUACACCAUUCAGCUGGGUGAAAACGAGCUUGUCCUCAAGGAGUUGGAUUUGUUGAACGAAGAUGCCAAUGUGUACAAAUUGAUAGGACCGGUGCUUGUGAAGCAGGAUUUAGCAGAGGCAAAUGCCAAUGUUCGCAAGCGAAUAGAUUACAUCUCUGCUGAAUUGAAACGGACGGAUGGAACCCUUCAAGAUUUGGAAGAAAAGCAAAAUAGCAAGAAAGAUGCGAUUUUGAAGUUACAGCAAAGAAUUCAAUCUCUCCAGGCUGGCAAAUCCAAGGCAUAAGUAUGUUAACACUCAAUCAGGAGUAAUCUUUUUGAUCUGUGUUACAGUGUCGAUGGUGUUUCUAUUUUGUUUGUUAUUUGACUUUAAUGUCAACUUUAAGCAUGCUGUAUCUUCAUCCUGCAAUGGCGAUUCUUUUUCUUGGCAGAUUUUGAUGCUCAUGUUUGUGUAAAGACCGUUAAAUUUGUUUCUUAAUGCGACACAAAUUUGUCUAUGAAAUUAUGUUAAAAUUAUUAAUUUGAUCAGUGUCUGCAUCUGUUGGAACUUCUUUAACAUUU